UAGGGCCAAAGGGUCGCAAACAAAGACAAAAACAAGCUGUUUUGUCUGCGAGUUGGCCAGGAUGAGCUUUCUCCAAUCUCCACCCAGCUAGCUCGCAGGGACUGUGUGGAAGCAGUUCAAGCUCUGGUUUCCUUCUUCUUUCCCUCCUUCCCUUCAAUGGCUUCUCUUCUAUCUUUCUCACUUCCCAAACUAGGUAUAGUGAGAGCCACUUCACUCUCUCCCACAACUUCCAUCCCCACCACCACUUCAGACACCGGUGGAAGCAGCAGUGGAACACUUGAAGAGAAGUUUGGCAGAAAGGGAAUCAAGUUCACAGAUUCGGUUGCAGAACUCACUGUCAGAAAUGGCAGCUCAUUGAAGCUCCACAUUCCUGAUGCUCACGUCACUUCAUACUUACCCAAAGUCCACUGGAAGGAUGAUGGCUUCGAAGAAGUUCUCUACACAAUCCCACCAAGUGGGGAUGGAAAGCAAUCCAAAGGUGGAAUUGGUUUGGUUCUCCAUGAUGUCUCUCCUCAACCUUCCUCUCCUACUGGCCUGAAGCAAGUGAAACCCUCGCAGUCCAAACCUUCCCUUCUCACAACUUCUGAAUGGUCAGUCAAGGCUGUGGAUUCUGAUGCCAUUGAUGCCCUCCAGGUUGCAUUGGGUUCGAAAAGUGGGAGCCUUGAGAUGACAUAUGUGGUGACUCUCUAUCCAGUGAGUGUGGCCACAGCAGUAAUUGUAAAGAACACUGGGAGGAAACCUGUGACCUUAACAGGUGCUAUAUUGAGUCACAUGAGAUUCAAGCGUCGAGGUAAGGCGGCAAUUCAAGGGCUGAGAUCGUGUUCAUAUUGUACUCAUCCUCCAUUGUCGUCGCCCUUCGAGAUCAUCACACCUGGUGAAGCCAUGAAGCCCGACUCCCCUGGACUGUUUGAUUUCUUCUAUGAACCCGAGGAGAAACCCGGGUCAUGGAAAGUUCAGGAUAUCCCUUUUACAAUGCUGAACCAUAGGAUCAGUAGAGUCUAUGCUGCUCCACCUGAGGAGAGAUUGAAGCCUUUCUACAACACUCCACCAUCCAAAUAUGAGACACUUGAUCAGGGAAGGGAGAUAUUCUUCAGGAUGAUUAGGAUGGGAUUCGAGGACAUCUACGUGUCAAGUCCAGGCACAUUCUCAGAGAGGUAUGGUGGUGAUGAGAAGCAUCAUUUCAUCUGCACUGGGCCUGCCACAAUGCUGGUGCCUGCUGUUGUGAAGCCUGGUGAAGAGUGGAGAGGAGCACAAGUCAUAGAGCAUGACAAUUUGUAGUCCCACUUUAAAGCAAAAGCUACCUUGAUAUGAUUUUUGGAGUAAAUAUUCAAUGUUUUGUCCAUUAUAUACUAUCAAUGUAUCACUCAUACUAAUGGUAAGUAAGUGUUCGAAGAACUAUGUUAGAAAAGCAGUUAUUGGGAUGAACCGAUGUGUGACACGAUAAUGGAGUACGUACAAUAAGAUCAGAAGUUUAUCAGCACCCAUAGAGCUGAGCUUAA